UACUUCGACUUCUUCGUAUCAAUUUCAUGCAUCCGUAUCCCCCAUCUUUACAAUCGCCAGUUUGCUGAUUGCCAGCUAGCGUAAUAGUUGGAUUCGUUUAAUUUCUGAAAAAAGCCGCGUGCUUUUCGUUUUGUUUAUCUGAUAAAACAUACAGAUUAUCAAUAUGAACGCCGAAGAAGAAGUGCUUAGGAUUCAGAAGAAGUUGAAUAAAAUGUCUAGCGGUGACGGGACGGGACAAGAACAAGCUUUGGAAUUACUUAAAGUUCUCCAAAAAUUACCAGUUGAUUUAGAACUCCUUACAAAAACAAGAAUUGGUAUGACUGUAAAUGCUCUACGAAAAUCUAGCAAAGAUGAAGAAGUCAUUUCAUUGUCAAAAACUUUAAUCAAGAAUUGGAAAAAGUUUUUAUCAGGAUCGAAUAAAGAUGGCAAGGAUUCAGGAUCAACAAGUAGUUCAAAGAAAAAAGAAGAAAAGUCAGAUAAAAACAAAGAUGAUGACUCCAAAAAAGACAGAGAUCAUACAGAUAAUGAAAUGAAAAUGAAAGAUGAAAAAACUUCCAGUAAAGAUUCUUACAAAAAACAAUCAUCGUUUCCCGCUACUGCCACAACUGAUGCUGUCAGACUAAAGUGUCGAGAACUUCUUGCAUCGGCUCUUCGAGUUGAUGGAGCGAAUGUAGAAGCUUGUGCAAGUCCUGAAGAAUUAGCUGAAGAACUGGAAGAGGCUAUUUAUGCAGAGUUUAAGAACACUGAUAACAGAUAUAAAAACAGAGUACGUAGUCGUGUUGCAAAUUUACGUGAUGUAAAAAAUCCCACCUUAAAAACGAAUUUCCUUGUUGGAGCAAUAACACCAGCCCGCCUUGCCGUAAUGACUGCAGAAGAGAUGGCGAGUGACGAAAUUAAACAAUUACGAGACAGAUUCAAAAAAGAAGCCAUCAAUGAUGCUCAACUUGCUACUGUUCAAGGUACCAAAACUGAUCUCUUAAAAUGUGGAAAGUGCAAGCAACGAGAUUGUACAUACAAUCAAGUUCAAACUCGAUCAGCUGAUGAACCUAUGACAACAUUUGUGCUAUGUAAUAAUUGUGGAAACCGAUGGAAAUUCUGUUAAAUAUUUCUUUUGAUAAAUAAUUUUUUAUUUCUAUACUCUUUGCCAGUUGAAACAAGUUACAACGACUUGAAAAACAGAGACAUUGAUCUUUUAGUUUAUUUGUUCAUUGACAUGAUCUACAAAAUCGGCGAAUUCGACUAAAAAAUAUAUACUGUAAUAUAUGCGUUUAAGAUCAAUGAUACAUUUAAAAUCAUGUGUUUACAAAUAAAAAUUUAUAAAUUUAAUCAGAUUGAGCCGAUUUUUCUGAUUUUUGACAUUAAUGAUGUCAUCUAAACUAUAUAAACAAAAUCAAUCAAUGGUUGACUACUCAACAACCAAUGUCUAUAAGAGGCUCAUUGAAGAUACUAGUUCCUAUUCCAAUUUUACAAUUAUGCUUAUUUUUGAUUUGGAUGCCAAUUUAUUAUAUUGAUUGGAUUUUAAUAAUUAUCGAUAAAAGAAAACAGUAAUAAAAUAGAUGCUACAAUAGAUUGAAUAAAAAUGAACAUAGGAAUUAUUUGUAACAUUGCAUAAUCGCUAUCUUCCCCAAGCUUCUUGGACAGCAUUUGUGUGCAUAAUUUUUUAUAAGUACAACUCACUAAUUUAGGUAAAAUAUACCUACUAUCAAAAUGUACACUGGUUUUUUGUGAUUUACUUAUGUGAAUAAAUUGGUGUGUAAAAUAG